CAAAAUCAUACUGAACUUUGUACCGUACUUCGAUGAGACUUUCUCAUAACUUCAUUAUUUUGAUCGGAAGGUGUGCGGUACUGCGCCAGAAGAAAGCUAGAAGUCAUCAUAUGUGGUGUAUCGUGCAAUUUUUAAGUUUAUUUAUUUGAUUUGAUGUCAAUUUUUUAUGUGGUCGAGUUAGUUUCAUUAGUUUGAACCAAGUUACAGAGCAUACACAACAUGAUUAAUACAGGGAAAUUGGCUGGACGCACUAUUUUCAUCACCGGCGCUUCAAGAGGGAUCGGAAAAGCAAUUGCGCUCAAAGCGGCACAGGAUGGGGCAAAUAUAGUUGUUGCAGCUAAAACUGCCGAACCGCAUCCGAAACUGCCGGGAACAAUAUACACUGCUGCAGCUGAAAUCGAAGCUGCCGGUGGCAAAGCAUUGCCGUGUGUGGUAGAUGUCCGCGAUGAGAAUGCUGUCCGAGCGGCAGUCAGGAGCGCGGUGGAUAAAUUCGGUGGUAUUGAUAUUCUUGUAAAUAACGCCAGCGCUAUAUCGCUCACUCCAACCGAACAAACCGACAUGAAACGUUAUGAUUUGAUGCACAACAUCAACACGCGCGGUACCUUCCUGGUCUCCAAGGAGUGCAUUCCAUAUCUGAAGAAAAGCAACCACGCUCAUAUACUCAAUAUUUCUCCUCCGCUUAAUCUGAAUCCCGUCUGGUUUGGCAAUCACGUGGCCUACACAAUGGCUAAGUAUGGUAUGUCGAUGUGUGUCCUGGGCAUGUCUCGUGAGUUCAAAAACGAUAACAUUGCGGUGAAUGCCCUGUGGCCAAGAACAGCUAUUUACACAGCGGCUAUGGAAAUGCUCACCGGUAAAGAAAGCGAUCAGUUUUCGCGCAAGCCAGAGAUUAUGAGCGAUGCUGCGUAUGCAGUGCUCUGUAGGGAACCGAAAAAUUGCACAGGCAAUUUUCUUAUCGAUGAUGAGGUUUUGAAAGCGGAAGGUAUUGUCGACAUGAAUCAGUACGCUUGUGUUCCCGAAAAUGCUGACAAGCUUAUGCCGGACUUCUUCCUGGACGUCGGUCCAGAAAAGUUAGUCGAAUUCGCAGCCGAAGGAAGCCAUGCUGCGUCGCUCAAGCAAUCGACUGCUGCUGUGGGGAAAAUUGAGGGCCUGUUCCAGAAAAUCGAAUCAUUGUUGAGUGAAGAAAUUGUUAAGAAAACAGGAGCAAUCUACGAGUUCAAUGUGAAAGGGGACGAAGCAGGGUUGUGGUUUGCGGACCUCAAAAACGGAACCGGGAAGGUCGGAAAAGGUAAAUCGCCAGUCAGUGUGGAUGCCACGCUCACCAUGGACUCCAAACACUUCUUCGAUAUGUUCAGCGGAAAACUGAAGCCGGCUAGUGCAUUUAUGACAGGGAAGUUGAAGAUUUCGGGCGAUUUGCAAAAAGCGAUGAAGCUUGAGAAAUUAAUGGGUGGUCUAAAAUCUAAGUUGUGAAUUUUUUGUUUUUCUGUUUUGUGACGGGCAAAAUAUUGAAAAUAAAUAUAAUUUUCCAUAAA